UGCUUAAACCCAAAAUCCUGUUCUGUUGAGCUACGAGUAGGAGUAAUCAACUGAACAUAGGGUAAACAGAUUUGGCGAUGUCAUCAGAGCUUGGAACCUCCGAAAACCCUAGAAAAUGGCGGUUCACUUGGGAAGCUCAAUCUCACAUCCCAACCCUCCGAUUGUUUCUCUUCAAUCAGGGCACCAAACCCUGCAUUCAAUGCAAGAAUCUGAAAGUCGAUUUGAAUUUCGAACGGUCAUUACUUUUAGUGAGCUGGUUCGAAGAAGAAACAGAAAUGUCAUUUAGGGUGCCGGUUCCAAGGGUUUUGGUUGACAUUGAAUCACCGAUUAGUUUUAGAGCCAUGGAGGAUCACAUUGAGGUUAAGCUCGUCCUGCUUCUUCCCGUCGAUCACCACAUCGUUUCGAACUUUAAUUCCAUAUUGAAUAUGUCGGAAGCUACCUCGCAGCUGUUUUCUAUGGAUUCUGAUAUAAAGAGUCUAUCUUCCAGAGGAGAAGUGCACUUCUACUGCAAAAGUUGCUCAACUAAUUUAACUAAAAAGCCUCUCAGUUCUUUUGCUGAGAUGCCAUCAAUCAAUUGGCGAGAGGUUGCUGACAACUGGUUUGGUGCUUGUUGCUGUUCAUUUGGAGGCAUAAGUGAGAAGCUGGUAGCUAGAUAUGCAAAUUCCUAUUCAUGUGGAGAGGAAUCAUGCCUAUUAGACGCUACAUCUGUUAUUCUUUGCAAGGAUGACCUUGUGGGAUUUGAGUUUCCAGACAGGGAUGGUGACAAAAACUAUGAAUCUGAACCUGAUUGCACUGAAGAUGACUGUAUAAAUGAAAAUAUGCAAGAUGCUGGAGGCAAUCAUGAUGGAAGAUGUGUGUGCCCUACAGUUAAAAAAGAGAAAAUGUCUGAUCUCAGUGGAAAAUUAGACUCCUUGCAUAUUCAGAAGGAACCCUUUGUUGAUAGCCCAGGAUACAAAAUUAUCGAAAAGGAAAUUACUGUUCCCAGUUUGGUUGGCACGGUUCCAGUAUCAUAUUUUUCAGAAAAUGUAGCAUCAGCACCUGGAUGUUGUGCUGAUAACAGAAUUCAUGUUCUGAAUCAUGAUAAGGAAGUCUGCACACCUGACACUGUAUCAUAUUUUUCUGAAAAUGUAGCAUCAGCACCUGGAUGCUGUGCUGAUAACAGAAUUCAUGUUCUGAAUCAUGAUAAGGAAGUUUGCAUGCCUGACACAUCCGAAAUCUCAAAGGAACAGAAGGUUGCAAAAGCUAGUGAAGUCCUGGCAAAUAAGAAGUCUUUCCUUAAUGGCUUUCUUGGAAACAUUUUCAUGGCUAGAUCCUACAAUCUUUCAAAAGAUGUUGAGUGGAUUAAAUUUGCAUGCACCCAGUGUUCAUCUCUUCUGGGAGCAUACCCUUGUGCUGAUGGUUAUGCACCCUUAGAUGGUGGAGUUCGAUUGUUUAAAUGUUAUAUCUCCACUUGCUUGCCAGUCUGUGAAUCAGGUGACCUUUUUAGGAAGUAUACCCUGGAAAGAAUGUUCACAAGUCAGCUGUUGGAAAGUGCAAAGGAUGAAUUGUCAUUUAGGACUGUGGUUAGGGAUUUGAGAACCAAAUCUCCAGUGCUUCAAAUUGUUCUUUUAAAUCCAAAUUCCUGGUGCUGUACUGGCUAUUGUUUGGGAACAGAGGACACGGUGGAUCCAGUUGCAAACAUAAAUCUGUACCCUGCCAUCAAAGUUCUUUUUUCGGACUGCAGUUACAGGACUGAAUCUCAAAUAAGGAUGAUAGAAGAAUGGGUAACAAAAAAUCAAGCUGAUGAAGUCUACAUGUUGGACCAUCUAAUAAGUGAAUUAAUUGUAUCCUUGGAGGCAGCAAUGGAUAUGUAUCCACCUUCAUACACCUUCCUACAAGGUUUGCCUUUAUCAUCCUUGCCGAGGUAAUGGUAACCUCUUGAUUUGCAUUGAACUUUAGUGGGAUACCAAUUUUAUUUUAAAGAAGGGUGUGGAUUCACUCCAACAAUGGAUGGCACUAGUAGUUUCUGCAUGGUAAAGAUUGGAUGUAAUUUUGAAGAUCAAUGGUUCACUCUGGCGAUCAGUUUCAUGGCAAGAGUUCUAGUUCUUUGCAAUAUGGUUUUUGUACUCUGGGGUUUGUUAUUGGGCAAAAGUCGCAGCAAGUUUCUGAGUUUUCAUAAAGGUUGCACGUUGAAAACUUUUGCCUUCUUCCUCUAACAUCAAUCAAAGCCAUCAAAAGAGUGAGAUGAUUGUCAUGCAGAAAAGAAAAUUUGUAUUUGCCGCUCACAUCAGUCCAAAGCACCCAUGCUGUUUGGAGAUGAAUUGCUUAACUGUAUGCAGACGCAGGCAGAAUCAAUUCAAGAAGCUUAAGGCUGAUCGUAACCUGGUGGAUCAGCAAAGAAAUUUGAAGAGGCGAAUCCAGUUUAGCGAUUGGACUUCAAGUUCAGACAAUGUGAAUGGAAUAGAGGUUGAAUCUCAAUUGGAAAAAUUGGAAGUAGAAGUAGCAUUCAGUCAAAAAAUAUCAAUAAAUGUAUAAUUAGUUUGCAAAAUUGCUUUAUUUGUGUUUUAGAGAGUUUUAAAAAAGGUACUAUUUGGAUAAGUAUUAUCGCUGCAAAAUCAUUAAACUCUCUGAAAUGAUCAGGAUUUCAAACCUGGUUAGGAUCCCGCCUCAUAAAUAUAAAACAACAUUUUAGA